UGUUCAUUCCUCUUUCGGCAGUCAAUCGGUGCGGUUGCAUUUUCAGUCAGUCUAUUGCCUCGUCGCCUCCUACCAAUAACCAAGUGUGGUUUACAAAAUUUUCAACUUGAAUUGCAAAGUUUCAAUUCAGUUUUUCAAACAAUUUUCGUCGUUUGUUGUUAAAUAAAACAAAAAGCUUACAAAAUGUGUGACGAAGAAGUUGCUGCAUUGGUUGUCGACAAUGGCUCCGGCAUGUGCAAGGCUGGUUUCGCUGGCGAUGAUGCGCCCCGCGCUGUCUUCCCAUCGAUUGUGGGCCGUCCACGUCAUCAGGGCGUGAUGGUCGGUAUGGGCCAAAAGGACUCGUAUGUGGGUGAUGAGGCACAGAGCAAACGUGGUAUCCUCACCCUGAAGUAUCCCAUUGAGCACGGUAUUGUGACCAACUGGGAUGAUAUGGAGAAGAUCUGGCAUCACACCUUCUACAAUGAGCUGCGUGUGGCUCCCGAGGAGCACCCUGUCCUCUUGACCGAAGCCCCCCUCAACCCUAAGGCCAAUCGCGAGAAGAUGACACAGAUCAUGUUCGAGACCUUCAACACACCCGCCAUGUAUGUGGCCAUCCAGGCGGUGCUCUCGCUCUAUGCUUCCGGUCGUACCACUGGUAUCGUUCUCGAUUCUGGUGAUGGUGUUUCCCACACGGUGCCCAUCUAUGAGGGUUAUGCCCUGCCCCAUGCCAUCCUCCGUCUGGAUUUGGCCGGUCGCGAUUUGACCGAUUAUCUGAUGAAGAUCCUCACUGAGCGUGGCUACUCUUUCACCACCACUGCCGAGCGUGAAAUUGUGCGUGACAUCAAGGAGAAGCUCUGCUAUGUGGCUCUCGAUUUCGAGCAGGAGAUGGCCACCGCUGCCUCCAGCUCCUCUCUGGAGAAGUCCUAUGAGCUUCCCGACGGUCAGGUCAUUACCAUCGGUAAUGAGCGUUUCCGUUGCCCCGAGGCCCUGUUCCAGCCCUCAUUCUUGGGUAUGGAGGCGUGCGGCAUCCAUGAGACCACCUACAACUCGAUCAUGAAGUGCGAUGUCGAUAUCCGUAAGGAUCUGUAUGCCAACACAGUGCUGUCUGGUGGCACCACCAUGUACCCAGGCAUCGCUGACCGUAUGCAGAAGGAGAUCACCGCUCUGGCCCCAUCCACCAUGAAGAUCAAGAUCAUUGCACCACCAGAGCGCAAAUACUCCGUAUGGAUCGGUGGCUCCAUCUUGGCAUCGCUUUCCACCUUCCAGCAGAUGUGGAUCUCCAAGCAGGAGUACGAUGAGUCCGGCCCAUCCAUUGUGCACCGCAAGUGCUUCUAAGCAGCGACGCCAACCAACAGGGAGGAGCAGCAAGUGGAGUGGCAACAACACCAACAACAACUUCUAUGUGGAGCUGCACGCUAUGUUAAAUUCACACAUCAUCUUCGUCGUCGUCUUGUUGUGUUCUAGCAUUAAUUUAAUUUAUUUCACAUGAGAUAUAUGAUAAAUGCAUAAUA